GUAUAAAAAUCGUGGCCCAAUAUUCAAUGUUUGGCCAGUGUUAUUUUAUUAGUUUUUUUUUUAUUUUAUUUUUAUUUUGUUUUGUUUUUUUCGUGUUUGUAUUAAAAAUCGCUUGAAUAAUAUCAUGUCCAUUUCGGAAAUUUAUUCAUCCAUUCGAAAAAUUUGUGAUAAAGUUGAUUAUGAUAAUAAUGCCAAUUGUUUCAAUAAAGCUAGUGGUCAAUUGGAUUACAUACUCACUAAUGAUUUGGAUUUAUCUAAAAAAUUUUCCGAAUCAUUUGUUCCUGCAUUUGAACGAGAAAUUAUACGUACAAAAAAAUCAUUAGACGAUGCACAACGAUUUAAACAAUUUUCUAGUUUACUUAAAAAUCUGACCGAUAUAUCGUUUACAAAUAAAGCAAUGAACAAUAUCAACAUGGCUAUUAUUUCGACACCAAUGGAAGAAGAUAAUCUAUUAUUUCAUUGUUUCAGUCAACGAUCAACAUUGCAUUCGAAUCAGGAUGAUUAUGAAUCCAGUUUGAAAGAUUUAGAUCAUGCAUUAGGAAUUCGUUUAUCCUAUACAUUAGUUGAACGUAAAGUAGACAUACUAAAUCGAUUAAAUCGUUCAUCCGAAGCUUAUCGUAUGGUGGCAGAUAUUAUAGAUGAAAAUGAAAAAAUAUUAACAUCAGAUAAGCUUAAACAAUAUAAAAAACUUAAAAAACAAUUACGAAAAUUUAAAUCCCCAUAUGAAAUCGAUAAUGGACAACAAUCAUCAAUGGUGAAAUGUCUUGAUGUAAAGAUUGAUCAACGUGUUCGUAUCAAAAAGAUUCAAUGUGAUCGUUAUGAUUUUCAAACUAAUGCCGAUAUAGCAGCCAAUACGGAAAUCCUAUCCGAACAACCGAUGGUCAUUUCAUUCACAGCCGAUUUUCUCCAUGAUUAUUGCCAUAAUUGUCGUAAAAAAGUUACCAAUACAUUUUGGCCUUGUUUUUAUUGUACAGAAGUGGUUUUCUGUACCAAAAAAUGUGCUGAACAAGCUUUGCAGGCUUUUCAUCAACAUGAAUGUGGCUUAUUGACAACGAUGCGUGACAAACUUGGCAAUCAAUCGAUUACUGUUUAUCGUGAUUUCAUUCAAUUGCCGCAUUUAAAUCUGGCUCUUCAUCGUGAUGAAUUGCAAACAUUUUCAUUACAAUCUUGUUUGGAACAAUUGGCACAACAAACCACUCAAGGAUUAGAUAUAUCAAAAGCUAAUCAAUGGUUUUUUAUUAGUCAACGUGAAUUAUAUCAAAGAAUUGUUCGUCGUAAACCAUGGCGACGAUCAGUGGAAUUAUGUAAUGCAAUCAUAUUGUUCAUGAUUUAUUGUUAUAAAAUGAAUAUUGAUAUUCAACAAUUCGAACAAAAAGAAUUGAUCGAAAUUAUUGAACAUUUUGCCAUUUCGAUUGUACGAACACAAUUGAAUGAAUAUAGUUGGCAACAAAAAGAACACCAAGAUAGACAACAAAUUGCUUCAUUUCAAUGCCUGUUUGGAUCACAUAUCAAUCAUGAAUGUGAUCCAAAUGCUGAAUGGACAUUCGAUGGUCAAAAAUUUGUGGUCAAAACCAUUAAGAAUAUAGCGGCCAAUGAAUCGAUCACAAUUACAUAUGGUGUGCCAAAAGAAUAUUCGCUAUUCAAACGACAACGUUAUCUACAAAAUCUAUAUAUAAUGUGUGCCUGUUCACGAUGUUUGGAAGAAACACGUGAUUCAUGUUUUGCCAUUCGCUGUGAAAAUUGUAAUGGUCCAAUACCGUUUGAUAUGGAUGAAUUUCUCAAUGAUUGGUGUAUGAUCUGUGAACGACGAUAUGAAAGUCCAUCAAUAAUGACAUUGGUACAGAAACAAUUUCAAACACUACAACGAGCCAUUCGUUUAAUCUCUAGUAUUAAUAAUCAAAAAGCUUGGCUUGGAAACAUUGAAGAAUUGAUGGGUUCAUUGGCAAGCUAUGUUUAUCUUGAAUCACAACUAUUCAUCUGUUUGGUAUCGAAACUUUGUGAUCGUUAUAUUGAAUUGGAAAUGUGGCCACAAGCCAUUGAAUGGUAUCAAUGGUUUGUCAAUGUAGCGGCUCUACAUAUAGCAAAGAAUAAAGAAAAUGAUAUCAUUUAUUAUUACAAUCUGAAAAAAUGGUCAAAUGCUUAUCUGAAUUAUUUGGAACAGAAUGUUCAAGCUGGUAAAACAAACAUAACAAUUGAUUAUUUACAGACGGCCAUCUAUUUAUUUGCCGAACAGCGAAAAAUAUUGGAAUCAUUACGACAAAUGAAUCGUUUUGAAGUUAUUGAUUCAAUACAAUUGAAAAAUAUGACACGUUCUUUGGCACAAGAUUUACAAUGCAAAGAUUAUCGAUUGAAACUUGUUUGUAUGGAAAUUUGUAAAGCCAAAGAAGAUACAUUGGCUAAUGGUGAUGAAAUAGUGAAAGAUUUAUCGGUUGAAAAAAUUGAAUUUGAUAAAUUGAAACCCGAUAUGUAUAACUAUGCUCAUGAACUAAGUGCUAGUAUCAGUUUGGAGAGUUUAUCAUUACGAUGAAUGAUUAAUUAAUGGAAGAGAAUUCUGAUUAAAAUUUUAAGUUUUUU